CUAAGCAGAAGCUAUAAAGACAAAAGAAGAAAAGAAGAAUUCCACAGAAACCAUACUCAAUGAGAUCAGCGAUGCUUUUGCCUGUGUUGUUCACUCUGCAAGCUGUGUGCACCAGUGUGGCACAUGCUAUGCAACAUUACCCAGCGGUCUGGGGACACUAUGACGUGUGCAAGUCCCAGAUUUACACAGAGGAAGGCUUGGCAUGGGACUACAUGGCCUGUCAGCCAGAAGCCACUGACAUGACAAAGUACCUGCGAGUGACCCUCGACCCCCCAAAUAUCACAUGUGGAGAUCCGCCAGAAACAUACUGCGCUUUGGAGAAUCCUUACAUGUGCAACAAUGAAUGUGAUGCUGCCACUGAGGAGCUGGCUCAUCCUCCGGAGUUGAUGUUUGACUUUGAGGGUCGUAACCCCACAACUUUUUGGCAGUCUAUACGUCAUGGAAAGAAAUACCCAAAGCCUCUGCAGGUCAACAUCACAUUGUCAUGGAACAAGACAAUUGAGCUGACUGAUGACAUCGUACUUACAUUCGAGUCAGGCCGACCAGACAAAUGGUCUGGAAAAUCACUCGACUAUGGCCGGGACCUGGACCCCUUACCAGUUUAUGCCACUGACUGCCUGGAUGCUUUCACCAUGGAGCCCAAGACAGUGAAUGAACUCACCCAGCAGACCCUGCUGGACAUCAUUUGCACUGAGGACUACUCUAGAGGCUAUGUGUGGAAGAAUGACAAGACAGUACGUUUUGAGAUAAAGGACCGUUUUGCACUGUUUGCUGGUCCUCGACUACACAACAUGGCCUCACUAUAUGGCCAGCUGGAUACCACCAAGAACCUGAGGGACUUCUUCACAAUCACUGAUCUAAGGAUUAGGCUGUUGAAGCAGCCACUGGAGCCAACCAUGGUAGAUGAGAACAACCUAUCUAGAUACUUCUACGCAAUCUCUGACAUUAAAGUGCAGGGCAGGUGCAAGUGCAACCUGCAUGCCAACAGCUGUGUGUUUGACAAGGGGAAGCUGGGCUGUGAGUGUGAGCACAACACCACAGGGCCAGACUGUAGCCGUUGUAAGAGGCACUACCACGGAAGAGCCUGGAGUGUGGGUUCCUACCUCCCUAUACCCAAAGGAACUGCAAAUAUAUGUAUUCCCAGUAAUCAUGGACCAGUGCAUCGGGCAAAUGCUUCAUCUCUUGGUGUUGCAAAUCGUAAUCAAGCUCGGGUGUGUGACAACGCGAUGCUGCGCUGUCAGAAUGGCGGCACGUGCCACCACCAUCAACGCUGCCAUUGUUCCCCCGGCUUCACGGGCAUCCUGUGUGAGAGAGCUCGCUGCCAGGGUCCUGGGGAUUGUGAUGACCAAUUGUCUGGACAGGCCUCGCUCCAUCAUCACCCCAUAGGCCACCAGUGCACUCUUACCCUUGUAGUGUUCCCGCUAUUAUUUGUUUCCCUUUGCUGAGGCACCUGAACCAAAUCCUCAACCAAAACCCAAAACGCUGAGAAUGAACGCUCAACCUUAAGGACACGGAGAACGAAGAAUGUGUGGACAGUGUGCUCAGCAGACAAUAUAAGCAACUUUUUUUUGUAGAUCCAAGGCCACAGUGGUGGAUGGCAGUGUUAUUAGUGCAAAUGGCUGUGCACUGAAGUGUUGUACUGAAUGAUAGAAGGAUUUAUGAAAGGUUUAGUGAAAUCACUGCUGUCUUAUAACUUCCCAGAGGAAACGGUUGGAGCCUUUGCUUUGUGAUUUUUGUCAUUGGCUUAUACUUCAAUAAAAGCAGACUGGAUACUCCAAUCAGAUAGAGAUACUCACAUCCUGAGAGCAAACUGUACAAAAAUAGACACAUGAUUUCUAAGUAUCAUCUGAAAUUCUAAAAAAAAAAUAUAUAUAUAUAUAUAUAUAUAGUGUGGACGGGGACAUCUAAAAUCAUGUUGCCUCACUGCCUCCUUCCUUACUUGUUACCAUCUCCUCUCCUUUUCUCUUUUCCCUCACUCUUGCCUUUUCCCUCACUUUCUCCUUCAUGUGCUUUGGUGACCCUGGUGAUUUUAAUUUGCUGAAGGGUGUCUGUUGUUUUGGAAAAAGCUGCAAAUGCGUUAUUCCCUAAAAGUACCAAUCUAG